AUGGUUCUUUCUCAAAAGCUUCACCAAGCUUUCAAAGACACCGUAGAGAGAAUCACAGGUCCAAGAACGGUUUCCGCUCUGAAAGAAAAAGGAGUUCUUAGCGUCUCCGAAUUCAUCAUCACCGGUGAUAAUCUCGUUGCUAAAUGCCCCACUUGGUCAUGGGAAUCGGGUGAGCCAAGCAAGAGGAAGCCAUAUUUACCGUCUGAGAAGCAAUUCUUGAUUACUAGAAAGGUCCCUUGUCUGCGGAGAGCUGCGUCUCUUGAAGAAGAAUAUGAAGCUGCCGGAGGGGAAUUUCUACUUGAUGAUGGAGAUAAUGAUGGAUGGCUAGCAACUCAUGGAAAACCUAAAGAAAUCAGCCAAAAGAGUUCUAUUAUGCCAACAUCUUUUUACGACGAUGAAGAUAUUCCUGAUAUGCCAGAGUUUUUAGAAUAUGACAACAUUAUUUUGACAGAUCCGUCCACAUGUCUAGUAGCUCAUGAACCUGAUGAUGAUAAUAUUCUACGUACCCGAAGCUAUGAUAUCAGCAUCACGUAUGAUCAGUAUUAUCACACACCUCGUGUGUGGCUUACUGGAUACGAUGAGUUAGGGUUGCUGUUGCAACCAGAACUUGUCUUUGAAGACGUUAGUCAAGACCAUGCACACAAAACGGUGACAAUGGGGGACCAUCCUCACUUGCUUGGAAAACAUGCAUCUAUUCAUCCUUGCCGACAUGGAGCAGUGAUGAAGAAAAUCAUUGAUGUAUUGAUGUCACGUGGAGUUGGGCUUGAAGUUGACAAGUAUCUAUUUUUAUUUUUGAAAUUUAUGGCUUCUGUAAUUCCAACUAUCGAGUAUGAUUACACCAUGGACUUUGAUUUCAGUAGCUCCAACAAUUGA